AGAGCAGCUGAGGGCAAGAGAGGAGGUGGAGGGGAAGAUGGCGGCCCUGGGGGAGCCUGUGCGGCUGGAGCGAGAUAUUUGCCGAGCUAUUGAGUUGCUGGAGAAGUUGCAAAGGAGUGGUGAGGUACCACCUCAAAAAUUGCAGGCUUUACAAAGAGUCCUUCAAAGUGAAUUUUGUAAUGCAGUAAGGGAGGUAUAUGAACAUGUGUAUGAAACUGUGGACAUCAGUAGUAGCCCAGAAGUGAGAGCUAAUGCUACAGCAAAGGCUACUGUUGCUGCUUUUGCCGCCAGUGAAGGUCAUUCACAUCCCAGAGUCGUUGAACUUCCCAAAACAGACGAAGGGCUUGGAUUCAACAUCAUGGGCGGCAAGGAGCAAAAUUCUCCAAUCUAUAUAUCCCGAAUUAUCCCAGGUGGUAUUGCUGAUAGACACGGGGGAUUGAAGCGUGGAGACCAACUUCUUUCUGUAAACGGAGUGAGUGUUGAAGGGGAGCACCAUGAAAAAGCUGUAGAACUUCUAAAAGCAGCUCAAGGAAAAGUUAAGUUGGUUGUACGCUAUACACCCAAAGUCCUGGAAGAGAUGGAAUCACGAUUUGAGAAAAUGAGAUCAGCAAAACGCAGGCAACAGAAUUAAUACCGAAUUACAUCCAGUAUUAUAGGAAUGGAUUGCUUACAGUAGAUUCUUUUCUGGUUCUUCUCCACAUCUACUUUACAAGGUGUCACAGAAUUCAUAUUUGGAAAAGGGACAAGGAUUUUGCUUCUUCUUCAGCUGGAUAUUAUCUAACAGACUCAGUUGGAUGCAACUGUGCAUAUAAUUCAAGGAAAAGUAUGAUAUUUGUUCUAUUCAUGGAAAUAUUUUAGUUAAACUAUGUUCAUUUUAUUAAUAUGUUGGUCUUUUUCAACUCUCUUGAAUGUUCUAAUGUUUUCAGAAGAAAAGUUUACAUCAACAUUUGUAACUAUGGGAUUUUACAAAUUCUUCUUUACAAUUCAAACCUGUUCUUAUAAAAACAAAUUUGUAAAUUAAUUAAGUAUACUUUAAUAAGCUAGUUUUAGCAUUUGUAUCAUUGUUUUUCUAGUAAUUUUUUAUUUGGCUUUAUUUAAAAGAUAAAAUCUUUAUUUUGAGUAAAAGAUAUAAUACAGUCUUGGCACAAAGGUGUGUCAUCUUCAUGCAAAUAGUCAUAAUUGUAUGAUUAAGUACAAUUUGUAUUUUUGAUGAACAAGUUUUUAGGCAUGUUCUUGGUCAUAAUUUUAUAUUGUUAUUUACAAUUUCAACAUCUAAUCUUGUUUUAUUAAUAUUUUGCAACAGGUGAUGUCUUAUUUAAAACUUUAGUACUUAACAUCCUAAAAUCUAGCAGUAAGCAUUCCAAUAAUUUAUACCUUUGUAUUGAUCGCUAAACAUUUAGCAAAAUUGCAGAGUUUUGUAUUUCUAUUUAGGAGGGGAAUAUUUACAUGCAGUGCAGAAGAAUUCAGUUUAUACUCCUACGUUUUCUCUUGUAAUUCUAAAUAUAGUUUACCAGUGCUAUUCUUGGAGGGCAAAACAGCUUGUGCUUCUAAUCAUUAUGAUAACUAUUAUUAUCACUGUUUGAUAUAGUUUACCUCUGAGUGCUAGCGAACAUAAUUUUUGGCUAGGGAGCACGAUCAGGAAAAGGUUACUGUACUGAUGUCUUGUUUGUAGACUUUCCACAAUUAUCAAGAUGGUCAGUGUGGGAAGGAAUGCUGAAUUUUCUUGAUUCUAUCAGGUUAGUUUUUCAUUGAAAACAAUGUUAAGGACCCACUUCAGGAAUGAUUUUGAACGACUUUCUAAUGUUUUCUACAACAUGCAGAGUUCAGUCAUUAUGCUCUUUGUUGCUUCCAGAGUGCAGCUAAAAAAACUAAGAAACGUUAUGAUUUUUUAAAAAGAAAAGUGUUAACAUUGGAAAGAUACUCCUCUAUAGGAAAAGAUAACACUUAAGGACUGUGUAAACCUGUGGGUUAAUUCUAGACUAAAUAAUACUGAUCUAACAGGUUUUUUCCUAGGUAAUUUUUCUACUUUCACAGCCUUUAGUAAAUACCUUUUUCUAUGAUCUGUUUUAAAACAAGCCUAGUACUAGUAGCGUGCAAAAAAAACAAUGACUACUGAAGUAAUAUGAAAAUGAAGAAAAUGAUGGCUGGAACUAGUCUGAGCUGUCCUGUCUCUUCCUGUCAUAACUAAGAAUGCUCUGUUUCAAAACAGCAAGGGCUAAAACUCUUAGUUGCCUCCAUCUUAAAGCAUGCACUGCCUAGCAUGACAAAGUGUCUUUAGCAGCUAGAGUUAUGCGGUUGUUCCCCUAUGAUACACUGUGGGUCUUUAAUGAGUGGAAACCUCAUCUGUAUUUGGUCAUUGUUAGGCUGCAAUUCAUACCAGUUCCAAUCACUGGUAGUGCUAUGUCAGGUGAGAGGAGAGGGCACUAAUCCAGUGGUUUAGAUAUUGGGUUCUGCAUCUCUACUUUAAAAUGUCAGUUGUCAAAGAGCUUAACAUUCUCACAAAAUUGACCUAGUGCGUUUGGCCAUUUAAUCUGCUUCCUGGAGAAUGGAAGCCAUUGGACAUUGUCUUUUGGUAUUGUUAAAUAACUCAUUAUGCCACCGUAUUACUGUGUUAUUGGGGGGAGGGGAGUAUUAUUCUAUUUUCCCCAUAACCUCUACCUUUACAGUUUCAAUUGUGAGAUAAAUGUGUGAGCCUUGUUCUUUCCUCAUAAUUUUGUCAUCUCUUCAGUUUUACUCCUUGACUGAGAUAAAAAUUUUAAUCUUCUCACCUCUUUAAGGAACUAAAUGAAGAUUUAAAGUUUGCACCUUAAGAAUCCUUGAUAUGAUCUAUGUAACAUUUGCCUGAGUGUCUGCUGGUUGUUAUAGUUCAAGGGAGUAAUUGUCCGAUAACAUCUGUCUUCUGAAUGACUAGAACAUGCAGUGAAAUAUAAAAGGUCAUAGGAAUAGUCUUUUCUUUCUAUGUCAGCAUAAUCAUGUUGAAUAAGAUGAUCUUAUAAAAAAUUGUAGAGUCUGGUACAAGUAAUUGUAAAUGUUUUUUGGCAUUUAGCAAUUGUGUGUUUGCCUGGAAUAAUAGAGUACAGAUUAUUGAAAUCCAGCAACUGUAUGAAAUACAAUUUUUCGAUUUGUUAAGACAGCAGUGAAUUGCAGCCGGCAGCAGUAAACAGUCUGUAGAACCACGAGGCUUAAUUGUAUAUUUUUAUGAAAAUUAAUAUUGACUAAGACCAAGUGAAAUAGUUGGGCCAGUCAGGAAAUAUUUUAUAGAGCUAGAUUUGUGUUGGAGUUUACUAUAUUCAAGAGAAGGAUAGAAUGAGAUAAAGGCUAUUAUAAAAUGUAUUCAUGUAUUGAACUUAGCAGCGUGCUUUAUUACUCUAAAUAAAUAGUUUGGAGUAGCCAGGACUGCUAUAAAGUUUUAUAAUAUAUUAUGCAAACUUACUUGGAAGUAAACAUUCAAACGAACAUAAGAUUGUAAUCUGAAAAUUAGUUCUUAACUCAGUGGGUUUUUUUUUUCUUUUUGGGUUUUGUGGGUUUGUCCUAAAAAAAACUGUAUGUGAGAUAAAAUGAUUGUACAAAGGAAUAGACAAUGACAAAAAUCCCAUUUUAUGACUUAUUAAUAGCAAGGAGCAAGUAAAAAGGAAUACAAUAGGGCAGGACAAAGUAAUCAUAUUCUUUAAAGUUAAACUGAAACUGAAAAGAUUCACCCAAACGUCUUAAUUGCUGUAAUCCAUAAUAUUUCAUAAAUGGGAUCGUGUGGCAAGGUUGAACUGUCAUUUUUAAAUUCAGAUUAAAUUUGUUCAAUCAAGAAUCAAGAAAUUAAUGUCAUUGAACACAUUCAUUGACAACACUGUAUUGACAUAUGUGCACACAUGCAAUAAUUGAAUCAGCAAAAACUAAAUAUUCUGUAUAGUCGUUAUAUAUUUAUUGCUGUUCCACAGCCCUAUUUUUUAGGAAUCUGAAAAUAAACAUUUGAAAUUUCA